AUGGACACAAAUUUCCUCCGCUCGGCCAAGCUGUUGUGUCCCGGAUUUUGCGGUCGAGUCCUUGUGAAUGCGUCCCGCUCCCCCAACGAAUACUCGGAAUGCCAGGCCUGUCCAUGGGGUGAGUUUAGAACACCGUAAAUUUGUUGUUUUUGAGCAGUAGGACUGACUGAAGCGUUUAGGAUAGCUUGAUGUUACAAUAAAGAGAAAUUUGAAUACCGCAGCCUGCGCCCAGGCUUGAUUCCGAAAACAGCUGAAUUUGAAAAGGAAAUGGCAGAAAGAGAGGAAUAGAGUGGAGGACCUGAUCCAGUGGCAAAAAACAUACCAUUUUGCAUCCGGGAAGUAUCAAAAAUGUGGCAAAAUGCUUCCCUCUCCAAGUUAAAAAAAAACUCCGAUUUCAAAAGCGCGUAAGCUCUUUUUGUGAGGGAAAGGCACUUCAAAACGAAGGUUUUUCACUUGGAGAGGGAAGCAUUUUGCCAUAUUUUUGAUAUGAUAAUUCCCGAAUACUAAAUGGUGCGUUUUUUUUGCCACGGGAUCAGGUCCACUGUACGUCAAAUCGAAACUAAAUAAUGUUCAAAAAAGGGCGUGCUACCACUCAAAACUCCCAACCUCUUUUCAGGUAUUUCUCCGCCAAUAAUGCACCAAUUUCUAUAAAAUUUAUAUCAUAUUAAAGCUGAGACACCCCAUUUCUUGCCCACCAAAUAUGGCCCGUCUAAGUUCAUGGAGGCACCUGUUCUGACCUUUAACAUUUUCAUUCCAAAUUUUGGAGCCCGAAAUCGGUGAAACAGAAAAUUUUUGCAAUGAUUUCGGGCUCCAAAAUUUGGAAUGAAAAUGUCUAAAGUCAGUACGGUGCCUCCGUGAACUUAGACGGGCCAUAUUUGGUGGACAAGAGAUGGGAUGUCUCAGCUUUAAUGUGAUAUAAAUUUUAUAGAAAGUGAUGCAUUAUCGCCGAAGAAAUGCCUGAAAAGAGGUUGGGAGUUUUGAAUGGCUUACCCUGUAUAGAUUCUAAACUGUUUUUUGCAAGUAAAUUUCGUCUCUUGACAAGUUUCAUAGACGGCAGCCUGCGCCCGGGCCAAUUUCCAAAAUCGAUGAUAGGACAAAUUAAUGGGUGUAGAGCGAUGGCGGAUAGUGAGAAUAGAGUCAAAAAUAGAUUUUUCAUCGAUUUAUUAUUUACUCUUGUUUACGUUCAGGCACUCGCGCCCUGGACAGCUACGAUUGCCGGCCCUGCCAUAAUCAGCUCACUUCCUACGACUACUCAUACCUGGUCUUUCACGCCGUCACGCCGCUCUUUGUCAACACGAUCUUCAUUCGCCUCUAUUCGAAGACCAUCCAGAAUCGGAGCAAGCGCAGCCGAGAGACGUAGGUCCCACAACGAAAGUUUGGCAUUCUGAAAAAUUGCGUGGAUUAGCAUAGAAAGUGGAUUUGAAGGCCGUAAAAAGAUGAGAUUUUGAUUUCAGACCCUUCUUCUGGCAGUUGUUGCAAAUCCUCUGCGCCUUGCUCGAGUCCACCCUUGCCCUUCUCUUCUCAUUCCUGGCCUUCGAGCCGUACGGACAUUUGAAACUGAAUGGAUGUCGAAAAGGACGAAUUUCCGAGUGGUACCCCUUUCUGUACAAUCCGAUCGUCGACAAUGGCCUAGUCUUGAAAUGCUCAUCCGAAGUUGUUUAUCCUUUGUGAGUUAUAUUACUUUAGAUAUUAGUAGGUGUGGGUCCUAACACGAAAACUUGAAAAUGUUAGAAAUGAAAGGAAAUAGACUUUAAAUGAGAUUUUAGGGCUUUUUGGCCUACUUUGACGCCAUCUUGAUAGGUAAUGAUGGCUAUAUUGCUUUAGUUUAUCCUUGAGUUUUAGUCCCACCACGAAAACGUGAAAGGAUUGGGAAAGAAGGAAAUUUUAUCUCUGUCAGAUUUUAUAGGCUUUAUGCAAAAUUUGAAAGCAGUUUUGAGUGGUAUUCAUAUCUGGUUUUUUCCAGAUUUAGCAUUUUUUACAAAAUUUUUGCUUUUUUCCAAAUAAUUUUUUGGUUUUUUCAGAUAUUCCUUACCGUUUCUAAUAUACAUCAUCAGCUUGCUGAAUCUGAUUGUCUUCCGGAGUAUUCUGCAUGGUAUUGCGCAGCGAUGUCGCCGUUCGAUUUCCGCAGCGCCAUUUUACGCUCAACUUUGGACCUUGCCCAUUAUGGGAUUAAUUAACGGGGUUAUGGUAAGAUUUGUUACCCAAUUUUUUUGUCGCCAACAUAGAUUAGAGCUUGAUAGAGAAUAUCUGAGAGUAUUAUGGUUUUAUUAUUUUAGUCCGGCCUACUGUACUACAGUUUUGCUCACCUCACGGUUUUCGCGGCGUUGGUUUCAAAUGCCGUCCAUUUGGCCACGGAAGGAAGAAAAGGAAUCUUGGCCCUGUUAAAGACACUCCUAACGUCUUCAGAGAGGCUGUUGAUAGUCAUUGUUGAUAUAGGUAUAUUUGGUUUCGGAGUAUUCGCCCUUUAUUUCCAACCCCCACCAACAACUUGGCAGGCCUGGCUUGGGUUCGCUGUGACAUUGCCAUUGCCCCUGGUCUUCUAUUGCAUCACUGUUCGUCUAACGGAGCCUUCGAAGCCCAGAAUCCGAAGAUAG